AUGUUGGUUAUAUAUUUGUUUGUGCAGUGUGCAUGUCGCACUGUUUUUUUGACUUUGCCUUUCCCUUCUCAAGCCCAGGAGAUAUCCCUCCAAUACAGCUAUGAAGAGCUGUCAGCGGCAACGAAAAAUUGGCACAACUCUGAGCGCUUGGGCUCUGGCUCCUAUGGCUCUGUGUUCAAGGGAGAGUUGGAGGAUGGCUCAGAAGUGGCGAUCAAGGCAAUUGACUUGAAAGCUCUGGGAGCCGAGUCUUCGGGAUUUGAAGAGGAGGUGCAGAUGCUCAGCAAAUUCCGUCAUCCCAACUUGGUGACCCUGCUUGGCUGGGCCAAGCACGACUUGAAUCGCUACUUAGUGUACGAACUCCUCUCGGGCGGCGAUUGUUUUCAGCGCCUUCAGAAGAGUAAGAAACCGUCUGCUGGAUGUCCCUUUCACUGGUUUGAGCGCUUGAGCGUUUGCCUGGAUGCUGCGGCAGGCCUCUCGCACAUGCACAACUCCAAGCCGAAAGCCUUCCACCGUGACAUCAAAUCUGCGAACAUAUUGCUGGAUCGGCAUGGCACGGCCAAGAUGGCAGAUUUUGGCCUGAGUUGUGCUGCAGGGAAGCUAGACUCGCUCCAUGUGACUGUCCGCACAAUUAGUGGGACUCCAGGCUACGCCUGUCCAAUCUAUUCUCGCACGGGACGAGUGACGGAAGGCGGUGAGGUAUACUCCUUUGGCAUGGUGAUGUUUGAGCUUUUGACUGGCCUGGCUCCAGCCACAGCUGAUGCCAGCAGGAAAGGUGGAAUUGCCUAUCAAGUGGCUGAAGCAGUGGAGCAAGACAGCCCUGGCGCGCUUGAACGCUGCAUGACCCACCUUGACUGCCACGCUGGAUGGCCCACGCAAUUAGCUCGGGAAAUGGCUGAAAUGGCUUUACGGGCUGUACAGCCGAAUGAUGAAGAGCGCCCUCGCUUUGUGGAGCUGGUUAAGGCUUUGCGAAAGCACAACGAGCGAUUCCCAAAGCCUUCCCAGAGACUUGACGACGUGAUUAUGAGUGUCCCAGUGAGUAUUCAACCGGCCCAGCAGCCUGCAGCCAAUGAACAGCACACGCCGCAAGCUCAUCCAGCAAAGAAGGUCGUGCAGCCAGAGGACUUAAAUGGAAGACCGCCGCAAGUAAAGGUUCCAAGCCCAAUGCUUCUUCCACCUGCCAACAGUGCCCUGGCAACCUUUGGAUUGGAGUAUGUUUCAGCCUCCGGCACGGAACCCGAUGGAAUCCCACAAGGAUUCCAUUGCGUCUAUUUGAAGCCCAGUCCUGAUUCUCAAUGCUCGUCGGACAUGUCGACAUUUGCGAUUGGACGAAGCCAUCAGCAGAAAGCUUUUGAAGUUUGGGUUCCUGACACCGCGCUGCAAUGCUGCAUCUCCCGCACAGCCUUCGAAAUUCUUUGCGGUGCAAAGGGGGGAAAAUGCAUUUCUGACAGUUCGAGGCCAAGGAACUAUUUCCGUUGA